AUGGCAGACCGAGGCAGCCACAGAGGCGGGCGAGGAGGUAACUACCGCGGCGGCAGAGGGGGCGGUCGCGGCGGCGCACAGGGGGGAGGAGGCGGCGGCGGAGGGGGCCCAGGAGCAGCGGGCGGCGAGCGCGAGCGUCCCAAGAAGGAGAACAUCCUCGACCUGGCCAAGUACAUGGACAAGCAGAUCACCGUCAAGUUCAACGGCGGGCGGGAAGUGACCGGCACGCUCAAGGGCUACGAUGCGCUGAUGAACCUGGUGCUGGACGAGGUGAAGGAGACGCUUCGCGAUGACGAAGGAAACGAGACGACUCGAGACCUCGGCCUCGUGGUGGCCCGCGGCACCCUCCUGGUCCUCGUCAGCCCCGUGGACGGAAGCGAAGAGAUUGCGAAUCCAUUCGCUCAGGAAGAUACCGAUUGA